AUGAUUGCCACCAAAGUGCACAUCCGGGCCGUCUGCGGGCACACCGGCAAGCGUGGGCCGGUGACGACGGGGCGGCCUCGCGCGCUGGUCGUUCGCCGUGCCAGCUACGAAGAGAAAGACUUCAAGGCGGCGGAGGAGAAACUCGAUGCGUUCCACGCGGUCGCCAAGGUCGCGAAGAAGGCCCUCAAGAUCCGGUACUACAUGCUCAGUGAGGCGGAGAAGGAGAUGGAGGCCAAGGCCAAGGAGAACGUGCGCAAGUUCGUCGAGAAGGAGGCCGAGCUGAUCGAGGGCGCCGCGCACAACAUCAGGGAGAAGGUCCAUCACGAGGAGGAGCAGGCGGAGGCGCUCAAGUCGAUGUCCGACGAGGCGACUGCGUCCGAGACCGGCUCGGAGUCCGCGGAGCUGGACUGCGAGUGCCCCCCCGGGCGCCUGCCGUCCGGGGGCGAGCAGGAUCGCCGCUGCCAGGACCUCGCGGCCGGCGAGGUCUGCGGCAACAAGUCGGGCCUGGCGCGAGCCCGCACGGGGCCCGUUCUUGGUCUGCGCCAGCGUCCCUGGUCGCUCAACCUCGUUCGGCUGAACGCGCAGCAAGGAGACGGUCCGAAGCUCGAGGACAUCCCCUCGGAUGACGAGCUCGGCUCCCCGCAGGUGCUCGAGGCCGCCGGGGAGGACAUUCUGGCGGCGGCUCGGAGGCGCGUGAAGGAGAGGGCGGAGCGUGCUGAGGCGGCGGCCGCGAUGGCCGAGGAAGCCGGGGCGCGGUUCACCGAGUUCGAGGCGGGCGGGACUGAGAUCGAGUGGGCCGAGCGCGAGGACGAGGAGAAAGCCUGA